GGAGGAAGGGAGCGCGGCGGUGCUGAGAGAGGGCAGGGCUGAUCUGUGUCGGGCCGGGCGGGCGAGCGACACCUGGGCGGCUGCGUUGCUUCCUCCUUUCACGUAGGUUUCGACUUUCUUCCCCGCCCGGAAACUUUGUGGAGACGAGCCGCGCUCGCCGCCGUCGCAGGCCGGGUUCGUGCUGGGUUUCCCUCUGCUCCUUCCUCCUUCCCUUUCCCCGGGAGUGAGCUGAAUCCACCCUGCCUGCUCCCGGCGCUUCCAGAGAUCCUCAGUCGUAAGCUACUCCGUGGCAAGUUUCCUUGCUGCUGGGCCCAGACUACCUGAUGCUGGCCACCAUGGCUGACCCUGCAGCAGAAGAACACACAUCCCAAGUUAGUGAACUCUGCUGUGAAUGUGGUCAGUUCCACCUCUUGCUGGACAAUCAUCUCUACAACUUCCAGGAUGAAGUAGAUGACGAACUCAUCUGCCAUAUCUGCCUUCAGCCUCUGCUGCAGCCCAUGGACACCCCCUGUGGACAUACUUACUGUUUCAAGUGCCUUGAGAACUUCAUGCAGGAGUAUAACUUUUGUCCCAUGGACCGGAAGAAGCUCUCGUUCCAGCAGUGCCACAAGUCCAGCCUUCUGGUGCGGAACCUCCUGGACAAGCUGAUUGUAUUCUGUCCUUUCAAGGCUGAGUGCCAGCAGACAAUGCAGCGGUGUGAACUAGAAGCUCACCUGCAGAACAGGUGUCCUGGGUUCAAGAAGUACAGAUCUGAACUGCAGCAGAAAAAGAAUUCUGUUUCCAAAGGGAAGGAAGAUCCUCCUGCCAAGGUGGAGACCAACACAUCCAAGGAUCCAGAGGUACCAAGUGCGGGAUCAGCGCUCCUGGCAGAAAGCUCUGCAGCUGCUGUAGUGUCACUGGGGACUGCAGAGCCUGGACUGGUUAAUCCAGCUUUUGAGGAGACAGAGGAAGACCUUCCUCAGAGGACUAGUCUGGUGGCUGAAACAACCACUAUUGAAAUUCACCGAGAAGACCCAGAGGAGGAGCUGGGGAUGAGGAUAGUUGGGGGAAAAGACACCCCCCUAGGCAACAUUGUUGUUCAGGAAGUCUUGCGGGACUCUGUCAUUGCUGCAGAUGGAAGAAUAGCACCUGGGGACCAUAUUCUUGAGGUGAAUGGCGUCAACAUCAGCAGUGUGACUCACUGCCAAGCUGUCUCCUUCCUGCGCCACCCAGGUCCUGUUCUCCACCUUAUGGUCCUGCAGGAGAAGGGGUUUUCCAACAAGUCUGCACAGCAGGAUUCCACUUCUGCUGCAAACCGGGAAGUGAUCCACGUUACCUUGAUAAAGAGAGAUCGAUCCGAACCUUUGGGAAUCAAACUGAUCAGGAAGACUGAUGAGGCAGGGAUUUUUAUUCUGGAUCUGUUAGAGGGAGGUUUGGCAGCCAAAAAUGGGAAGCUGAGUCGGAAUGACAGAGUCUUGUCAAUAAAUGGCCAGGAUUUGAGGCAAGGAACACCUGAGGCUGCUGCACAGAUCAUCCAGACUACUGAAUCCAGAGUGAACUUUGUCAUCUUGAGGCAGCCAGGCAUGCAUCUGUCAGAUCCAGUAGAAGACAGCAGCACCUCCAAUAACAGCAGCAGUAGCAGUAGCAGCAAUGGAGGAAGCCCAGUGCACCAUCGCAGACGAGUGGACCAGAGCCACUACAGAAGAAAAUCUCACUACCAGAAGGAUUUACCUCAGGGAUAUGUCAGCCAUGAGAAGACAGUUGCAAUAAAAAAGGAACCAAAGGAAUCUUUAGGAAUAACCAUUGGAGGUGGAAGGGAUAACAAAAACAAGCUCCCUAUAUAUGUAACAAGCGUGCAGCCCAUCGGGUGCCUCUUCAGGGACGGCCGGAUCAAGCGAGGAGAUGUACUCUUGAGCAUAAAUGGCAUUGAUCUGACUCAUCUGAACUACUAUGAAGCUGUCGCAGCUCUGAAAUCUAAUGCAGCCUCCCACUCAGUCGUAUUGAAAGCCUUGGAAAUCCUUUGUCUGAACUCACCAGAGCCAUCUCCAGACCUCAAGGAUCAGGGAUUUGGCUGGUCUCCCUUCUGGAUCACAUGGCUUGGACUGCCCAGCUACCUUCACUGCUGUCAAGAUAUUGUCCUCAAUAAAGGCAACCUGGAAAGCUGGGGCUUCAGCAUCGUGGGAGGCUUUGAGGAGAGUAAAGGAAACCAACCAUUCUUCAUCAAAACCAUCGUGCCUGGGACUCCUGCCUUCCGUGACAGGAAGCUGAAGUGUGGAGAUGAAAUUGUGGCAGUAAACGGAGUGCCAGCAGUAGGAAUGAGCAACUCUGAACUCAUCCCAAUGCUGAAGGAGCAAAGGAACAAAGUCACGCUGACAGUGGUGUCCUGGCCAGGCAGCCUGGUCUGAAAGCUCAAAGCAACAGCCCAGUUUCAGGUAUCAGCCAGCAGCUGGCCACCACACAGAGCUGAACACCUGACAGACAAGGGGACGCUGAACUCUCCCCAUGGUGCAUUGCCACAGAAGACUCCGAGCUGCCUUCCUGCAGAAAAGGUUUCCUUGCUGCACUGGGCUCUCCACACGUCUGGUCCUUGGCCUCUCAGUAACUGUUAACUGCACAGUGCUGUAGCUUCCUGAGCUCAUUAAAGCUCUUGAGGGUUGGUGUUGCAGACAAAGCUCUUCCCAGUGUUUCUCUACAAACUGUCUGAGGCACCUGCCUCUACUUCAGAGCUCCGCUGUAGAUUGGAUGUUUUGAACAGGUUAAAAGAGGCAUGAAGGUUCCAUUUCUCCUCCUGGUUUAGUACAGUUCUGCUCCUGAUCCACAAUUCCUGGCUCUCAAGUACUUUUGUACCUGUUAAAGCCACUUAGAAAACUCUUAAGAAUGAGGACCCAAUGCCAUAGCUCCUGUAGCCCCCACACUUGCUGGUUUUAGGUUAUUGAAACCUGGUGAAUGUGUUUAUAAAAAACAACUGUAACUCGCAGCUGACAGCUGCAGGGCUGCUUGGUCAGUACAGUGGAGCUGUUGACCUGCAUGAAGGUCCCAUCAGCAGGUAUCUGUCAGGAAUCAUGGGUUAGGAUCCUUCCCAGUAUGCCAGUAUGUGGUGAAUCCCCAUUUAGCAUGCUGCUGCUGAUGACUUGCUGCAACUGGGUGAUUUACUGCUUGUAGAAUCACUGUCAAAGGCAUCGGCAAAAGUAGUUUCCUUGCAGCAUUAUUAUGUCCAAGAGUGACUUCAACCACAGGUGAGGGCGAAGUUGUCUCUUUCUUACUGCCCAAUGUAGCAUCACUUUAGUGAUGAUUCAAGUUACUAAAACACAAAUCAUUGUUACCAUAAGACAAAUAUAAGUUGCUUACCGAAGAUCUGUUGGUGAAAGGUCUCAGCUUUGAGGAGCCACCUGGAGAGGUGUCCUUGCUCUAGAAGAGCAUGCAGCCAGUGGCUGUGCAGGGAGAGCUCAGAGAAGACUCACUUAGGCUUUUGUAUUUUUGGGAUAAAGUGGUUGGUUUGCAGCAGAGUCCCAUGCACUGGGAAGGUAUCUAUGGGACUCCUUGUACCCAUAGCUUUGUGCCUUGAUGAAUGAGUGGUAGAAAAGCCAUCUGCUGUUCAGGUGUUGAUGGCAUGGUCAGUGUUCCAAGCCUAAGCUCACUGAGUCACUGCUCAUUGGUGGGUUUUCAGAGUUUGGAACAAGGGAUGUUUUUGGCCUGCUGAAGGCUCAGGGCUUUAUCUCCUGUGGGGCCUCUGGCAAACUACCACUAGUUUGGUUAAGGAGUGAAGUGCAUCCAUCCCAGCAGCCAGAGAUAGGGUUGAUUUUUCAACCCCUUCCUCAGCUGCUUCCCUGGAUUUAUGACUUGAUAAAGUGAGCAGCUUUUCCCACAGAAGGGAGAUAAAGAGGCUUGUUACAAGCAACCUCUGUCCCAGGACACUCUUAUCAGUUUUCCAGUGAUGAGAGGCAGAGAUAAAGCAGGGAGGGAGGAGGAGGAGGAUGUACCUGACACAGUGCCUGCCCUGUCAGGCAUGGGAGAUGAACUCUGGCAGUUCUGUUUCCAUCCCUCUGCAGCUGGAGGGAGCUGGCUGGAGCAGCUCAGCAGGGCUUAGGAAACAAGCCACCUUCAGAGGGGCAGUGCCACCAGCGUGGCCCCAGCUCAAACCCACUCUAUGGUUACUGGUUAGAACCAAAGAAUUGAAGGCAAGGCAGGCUGGUUUGACCUGUGAAGCCUUGUGAACUUCCUAUCUGCAAACUCCCCAUGAAGCAACUCCCUUUUCGGGAGGCUGUCAACGAGCAACAGAAGUGACAGUUGUGUCUCCAGCCAGGCAGCCUGCAGAGAGCUUCCCUCCUGGGCUGUUUCUGCUGCAAAGGCUCUGUUCAGGCUGUGAGACCCAAGGGAGCUCAUCUCCCUGCACAGGUUAAUGUCUCUUCUGAGCUGGCUGCAGGUGAGUGCCCAACACUGCCUUCAGCAAAGCUUCUCUGAGGGCUUGCUGCUUUCCUAAUUAGCUGUGUCUGCAAAGCACAAUGGUUCCUUAGUUUACCUCCAGCCUGACUGACUUCAGUUCCUCUGGCUCUUAGUUCUGGGCAGUGUGUGGCAGGGCCUCUUAUCAGAGCCUGUGACGCCAAAGUGGCUCCUCACAACAGCUUCCCUGGCCUCUCUGGGUGAUAAACACCACUGGGCUCAGUUGGGCUCUGGGGCCUUUCUUCCACUCUCUUGUUCCUCCUGUGGCAAACCAAUCACUCAGCCUCUGCCACAAAGAGAGGAACCUGAAGUGAUUUUUUUUUUGGCUCUCUUUACAAAUCAAUGUGCAGAAACUGUGCCUGGUGGGGAGCAGAAAAUACUUCUGUAGCUGGAGAGAGGGCGAUUCCUCCUGAGAAGGGCCUAAUGGCCCCUGUACAAAGUACAGCAGGAAAAAGCCACACAGCUGGGGUGAGCAGCCUGCUGCAGGAACCAGCCUGGCUUUCCCUGUUCCUCCACCUCCUUCCAAGGUGCCUUGUACUUCAGCAGAAUGUUCUCCUAAUUUAAGUGUUGUUUCCACAACCAGCUUGUUAAUAGAUGUUGAAUGUUUUAAUGCCUUUAUAAAUUAUUGUGAUAUUACUGAAAAA